AAAUAUCUCCAACUUUACAAAUAUUAUUAAUUUUUCAAAUUAAAGCAAAGAAAAAUAUAAUUUUAUAAUUCAUGUAUUUUUUACACUUAUUUAUUGAUAUUCUGUUGAUUACUGGCAUAGCAUGUGAUUCGUUGGAUAUAUUCUGUGAUUCACUAAAGGCAACCAUCAGUUUAGAUGGCAUUGGUUUGUAUAGGGAUUGGCAGCCAAAACCAUACGAWACCGAAGCAGAUUUGAAACCAAAUUAUAAAAUAUAUUUAAGUGGAAGAAAUGAAAUUCCCGGUCAAGAAUGGACUCUUAAAAUCAAUAGUGCUGUCAAUGGAUCACAAAAUCAAAUCAAUAUCAAUGGGGAUCAACCUGUGGUUAUGUUUAGUAAAAAUAUUAUUUGUAGAUUUAAUCAUCCGUUUGGUGAAUCUAAUUAUAGUCCUAACCGUAAAUGCAAUUUUUUUGAUAAAUCAUUGGAUGAGUCCCGGACUAUAAAGAACGGAGAGUUUGGAUUACAAUGUUGUUGUAAAAUUGAUGACCAAAUCAAUCAAUGGACAGAAUAUGAACUCUCACAGAGCUAUACUAAGGACACACUUGAUAUCUAUAACAUCACUGCAUUCAAUCCAAUAGUCGGUUAUAGUAAUAAACCACAAGUCUUACUAUUAAAUAGGUUUAACAAAAAGCUAUACUUCUAUAUAAUUAAUGAAAAUCGUCUCGAAGAAGAUAAUUGUGGUAAAUCGUGUCCAACGCCUAAGUUUGUCCAACAAUUAGACGACAAAUAUUUUACGAAAGAGCUGUCAAUAGUUGCAAUAACUGACUUCUGGGUCGGCAACAAAAAAGGUCACUUAAUUGUGUUCAAUAAAAACGGAAAAGCAUUUUAUUGUUUUACUUAUGAUAAUGAAAACCUUUCACCAAACUGUAAACCAGAAUCUUUGAAACAAUUUAUGGAGCAUUGCUUUGAUCCAAAGCUUAUGAAAAAAAUUAGAGAAGAAGAGGCUAAUAUAGGAACCACUGAAACAGUAGGCCUAUCAAGGAAUGGGAGCCAACAGACAGCAAAAGCAAUUAUGGACUUCUCAGAUGAUAAACAAUCUGAUAGUAGUUCUUCAGUAUUGCCCAUCAUUUUGGCAAUUGUGGCCAUUAUUGUCAUUGCUUUACUUAUCAUAUAUUUCUUUGUUUUUCGAAAGAAGCAGAAGAAAUCGCAAACUAGAGGAAGCAAUAAUAAAAAGCAUUAAAAAGUUAAAACAUUAACAAAAUUAUCAAUUUUUUGACAUUAAUUAGAGUUCUUAAUCAAUACACGAAUAGAUCACUUAAUUGUCGACAAAA